GAGUGAGAGCCAGUCUGCAGAGAGAGAGAGAGAGCGAGAGAGCGAGCGGCAGCAGCAGAGAUGGACCUGCAGUCGGAGAGCAGUGGGCCCCCGCCGUGCGACCCCCAGCCGUCCGGGAAGAUCAACAAGGCGGCGUUCAAGCUGUUCGGCAAGCGGCGCGGGGGCAGCGCCGUGCCCAGCAUCUUCUCCGUGCGGGGCCGGGGGGAGGGGGGCCGGGGGCCCGCCAAGGCGCCGCUCGGCAGGAGCCGGACGCACGAUGGGCUGGCGGCGGCGGCCGAGCCCGAGGGCGGCAGGAGGGACGUGCCGGCCGGCGGCGAGCAGCCUCACGCCAGCGGCGAGUCCGGCCCCCGCGCCCCCGUACCCAAAUCGCUCAGCUUCUUCUCCCUGCUGCGCAGGAAUGGGCGGGCCGGCCCGGGGGCAGAGCCUCGGCCCCCCAAGCAGAGGAAGGGGCUGCGGGGGCUGUUCAGCAGCAUCCGCUGGAGCCGGGGGCGGGACAAGGGCGGCCGGGCGGGGCCGGGGGCAGGGCUGGGGACGGGGCCGGGGGAGGGCGUGCUACUGGCGUCGCGCUCCAACAGCGUGGAGAUCAUGAAGGAGGACGUGGCCCUGAGCCUGGAGCCGCAGCCGCGGGUCCCCGAAACCGCCGUCCCCACAGAGCCCCCUGCCACGCCCGCCGUGCUGCCCCCUGUCGCUGGAGAUUCUGGGAGCUCUGCCCCAGGGGAUGCUGGGAGAUCCAGAGAGCCUGAGGACACACAGAUGGAGCCGCGCCGCAGCCCAGAGAGACAUGCGCCUGGCCCCGCUCCUGGCCCCGCCCCCACCGCUCACACCCCCGCCCCACCCUCUCAGGAGUCUCCCGUGCCCUCGCCCCAGAAGCCCAGCAGGGCGGCGCUCAAGCCCAAACCCGGCAGCCCCGACACGCGGCUGCUGUCCCCCACCCCCGCCAUGACCGUCACCCCGCCGGAGUCGCACGCCGCCGACCCCCCCGACCCCCCCUCUGAGCCCUGCAUGGACCGCUUCUGCUCCAUGUUCACCGACGUCACCUCGCUGAAGAGCUUCGACUCGCUGACGGGCUGCGGUGACAUCAUCGCGGACACCGAGGAAGAGGGGGCCAGCGGCAGCGGGAGCAGCAGCGGGACGGGCAGCAGCAGCGGGGGUGGGACAGGGGGCGGGGCACGGGGCGGGGCGGCCGCUGGGGACAGGCCCUCCCCUGCCCGCGCCGCCCCUCCUCCCCCGCCCGCCUCGCUCACCCCCGUCACCCGCACGCCCACACCUCCCCCCAGCCCCGCCCCCUGCUCCGCCCCCUGUCCCGCCCCCGCGGUGCUGAAGGCGAGGGAGCCGGGUGCGAAGCCGCAGGGCAGCGGGGUGGUGGCCUACAUGGGCGGGGGGGAGGAGAUGGCCAGCCCUGACGAGGUGGACGACGCCGACAUGCAGGGCCUGUGGCACAUGCUGCCGCAGAAGGGCGAGGACUCGCCCGCCCUGCCCCGCGCCGACCCCGCCCCACGGGCUGACCGGAGACCUCCCCCGGUGAAGGCCCUGGGGCUCAGCAAGAUCCCCGUCAGCGGGGGCGGCAGGGGGGGCAAGCCGUCCCGCGAGGCUCCGUCCGAGGAGGGGCGGGGCAAGGACCCGCAGGACGCCCCCUCCAACAGCGACGAGGGGUACUGGGACUCGACCACGCCCGGGCCGGAGGAGGAGGGCGGGGCCUUCCCGGCGGGGGAGGGGCUCCCCCGCGACAGCUGCAGCGGAGAUGCCCUGUACGACCUGUAUGACCCCGAGGAGCCGCCGGGGGGCGUGGUCUCUGACGAGGAGCUGACCCUGCCCUCCGGCAGGGGGUGCAGGCUGACCCCGCCCUCGCAGGGCGCAUCUUUCCGUUCGCUGCGCGGCAGCACCAGCCUGCCCCGCGACUCCCGCAUUCCCAUCAGCAUCAAGCAGACACCGCCGUCCCACUCCGCCAGCCAGGGGGCACUCGCUCCUGCCCCCGCCCCCGCACCCCACACCUCCGGCAAGGCCGAUGCCCCCCGCACCAAGAUCCCCGUGUCCAAGGUCCCCGUCCGCCGGGCCAGCAAUAAACCCGUCCCCACGCGCCCCGCCCCGAACAGGAAAUAGAGCUCUCUGCACUUCAUGCCGUAGCUGAAGCACGCGAUACAGUAACAGGCGUUUCAGAGCUGUAGUCCAAAAUCUGGAAAAUUUCCCUCCGACAUUGACGCGGUGGACGCAGUAGCUACACCUCUCUCCGAGAUGCACACGGGAGAGCUCUUUUCCUCUGAUUUUCUUUCUGCGACACGUUACACCCUAAUCAGCGGAGCGGGAAGGUGACGCUCCAUCCACGCCCUCUCUACACAUUCUGCCUUUCUGACUGAGGAACGAGAACCACAGAGAACCACCGAGAACCACAGAGGAACCAAGAAUCACCGAGGAACCAAGAACUGGAG